ACGGCGCCGGCGGCAGCCAUGGCCGGGAGCGGGAGCGGGCCGCCCGGGGAGGCGCCGGGCUUCGUGCCGCAGAAGGAGAUCGCCUACAACAAGCUGCUGCCGUACGGGGACCGGCUGGAGGCCGAGGCGAGCCGCCUGCUGGCCCAGAUCAAAGGCAACCUGGGCCGGGCCGUGCAGCUGCAGGAGCUGUGGCCCGGGGGGCUCUUCUGGACCAGGAAACUCUCCACGUAUAUCCGACUAUAUGGGAGAAAAUUCAGCAAAGAAGAUCAUGUGCUUUUUAUCAAGUUGUUGUACGAGUUAGUAACAAUUCCAAAGCUGGAGAUCAGCAUGAUGCAAGGAUUUGCACGUCUGUUGAUAAACCUGUUAAAGAAAAAAGAACUUCUUUCAAGAGAUGAUUUGGAGUUACCAUGGAGACCACUUUAUGAAAUGUUGGAGAGGAUAUUGUAUUCCAAAACAGAACACCUUGGAUUAAAUUGGUUUCCUAAUUCUGUAGAAAGCGUUCUAAAAACACUUGUGAAAAGCUGUCGACCGUAUUUUCCAGAAAAUGCCUCCAUGGAGAUGCUAGAUGAAUGGCGGCCUUUAAUGUGCCCAUUUGAUGUUACCAUGCAAAAGGCCAUCACCUAUUUUGAAUUAUUUCUACCCACUUCCCUUCCUCCAGAACUUCACCAUAAAGGUUUUAAGCUUUGGUUUGAUGAAUUUAUAGGCCUUUGGUUUUCAGUUCAGAAUCUUCCACAAUGGGAGGGGCAUCUAGUAAACCUUUUUGCUCGCUUGGCCACUGACAACAUAGGGUACAUAGACUGGGAUCCAUAUGUACCAAAGAUAUUUACAAGGAUUUUGAGAAGUUUGAAUCUUCCAGUGGGAAGCGGUCAAGUUUUAGUUCCAAGAUUCUUAACAAAUGCUUAUGAUAUAGGACAUGCAGUAAUGUGGAUCACAGCCAUGAUGGGUGGACCAAGCAAACUAGUACAGAAGCAUUUGUCUGGAUUAUUCAAUAGCAUUGCAUCUUUUUACCAUCCUUCAAAUAAUGGUCGCUGGCUGAACAAGCUGAUGAAACUGCUUCAAAGGUUACCAAGUAGUGUUGUUAGAAGACUGCAUCGUGAGCGUUACAAGAAGAAGACUUGGCUAACUCCUGUGCCUGAUAGCCAUAAACUUACUGAUCAAGAUGUUACAGACUUUGUAGAAUGCAUUAUUCAACCUGUCCUUUUGGCUAUGUUUAGUAAAACUGGAAGCCUAGAGGCUGCUCAAGCCCUACAAAAUCUUGCACUAAUGCGUCCUGAGUUAGUAAUUCCACCUGUACUUGAAAAAACAUACCCUGCACUAGAGACAUUGACAGAACCUCAUCAGCUCACAGCUACUUUAAGCUGCGUAAUUGGAGUAUCUCGUAGUCUGGUGUCUGGGGGCAAGUGGUUUCCUGAAGGUCCAACACACAUGCUACCUCUGUUGAUGAGAGCAUUGCCUGGUGUGGAUCCAAAUGACUUCAGUAAAUGCAUGAUCACAUUCCAGUUUAUUGCCACGUUUUCUACUCUGGUGCCUUUGGUAGAUUGUUCAUCUGUGCUGCAAGAGAGAGAUGAUCUCACAGAGGUUGCCUUGGAAAAAGUUUUUAACUUUGCUGUUUCAAAUAUAUUUGAGACAAGAGUUGCUGGUCGGAUGGUUGCUGACAUGUGCCGGGCUGCAGUAAAAUGCUGCCCUGAGGAAUCUCUGAAGCUCUUUGUGCCCCAUUGCUGCAGUGUUAUAACUCAUCUUACCAUCAAUGAUGAUGUCUUGCAUGAUGAAGAGCUAGAUAAGGAGCUACUCUGGAACCUUCAGCUUUUGUCAGAGAUCACUCGAGUGGAUGGAAAGAAGUUGCUGCCAUACAGGGAGCAGCUUGUGAAGAUUCUGCAGCGAACCCUACAUUUAACCUGUAAGCAGGGUUACAUUCUGUCUUGUAACCUACUGCACCAUCUUCUUCGUUCUACUACACUUAUCUACCCCACAGAAUACUGCAGUGUGCCAGGUGGCUUUGACAAGCCUCUUUCUGAAUACUUUCCUAUCAAGGACUGGGGUAAACCAGGUGACUUGUGGAACCUGAAUAUCCAAUGGCAUGUUCCUUCGUCUAAGGAAAUAACCUUUGCCUAUUACUUACUGGAUUCUUUUCUUCAGCCGGAGCUCACCAAGCUAGAGCACUAUGCAAAUGGAAAGCAAGAAAUGUCCAGAGAUGAUGUACAGCAGUGUCUCACUAUAGUGCACAACUGCCUAAUUGGUUCGGGGAACAUUCUACCUCCUCUAAAAGGAGAGAGGAUAGCUCACCUGGUUCCAAGUUUGGUGUCUUUGGAAGAGACAAAACUUUACACUGGCGUUAACUAUGAUGUAUCGAGAGAGAACCACAGAGAAACCAUGGCUAGGGUCAUAAGGAAACUGCUGCACUAUAUACUCGACAACUCAGAAGAUGAUACCAAGUCCUUGUUUCUAAUCAUAAAGAUCAUUGGUGAUCUCUUACAAUUCCAAGGGUCUCACAAGCAUGAGUUUGACUCCCGGUGGAAGAGCUUUAACUUAGUGAAGAAAUCGAUGGAGAACAGGCUUCGAGGAAAGAAGCAGCAUAUUCGAGCCUUGCUCAUUGACAGAGUCAUGUUGCAGCAUGAGCUGAGAACUCUAACUGUUGAAGGCUGUGAAUAUAAAAAUAUACACCAAGACAUGAUUAGGGAUCUUCUGUGUUUGUCUACAAGUUCCUAUGGUCAGGUCAGAAAUAAAGCUCAGCAAGCAUUCUUCACAGCACUGGGAACAUACAACUUUUGUUGCAGAGAUAUCAUUCCUUUGGUUUUGGAGUUUUUGCGGCCAGACCGACACGAUGUUACUCAGCAGCAGUUUAAAGGUGCCUUGUAUUGUCUUCUUGGAAACCACAGUGGAGUAUGCCUGGCAAAUCUUCAUGAUUGGGACUGUAUUGUACAGACUUGGCCAUCAAUUGUUUCCUCUGGACUUAGCAAAGCUAUGUCUCUGGAAAAGCCAUCUAUAGUGAGACUCUUUGAUGACCUAGCAGAAAAGAUCCACAGACAGUAUGAAACAAUUGGAUUGGACUUUUCAGUUCCAGAGAAAUGUGUUGAGAUAGCCAUUCUAAUGCAAAAAGCAGAAAACCCAAGCGCCAGCGGGAUGAUGCUUAGUUCAGAAGAGAUUCAGUUAGGAAUUCAACGACAGAAAGAAAAGAAUGCUGAGGCCUUGCAAAACUAUGAAAAUUUGAUCAACAUGCUGUUAAAUUGUGUGAAUCAAAGAAAUCUCCCCUGGAAGUUUGAACACAUAGGCAUUGGCUUUCUGUCUCUCCUCCUGAGGGAUGAUAGGGUACUGCCUGUCCAUGCCAUAAGAUUCUUUGUGCAGUGUCUCAACCACGAUGCAAUAGUGGUUCGCAAGAUGGCUAUCUCAGCUGUUGCUGGCAUCCUCAAGCAGUUGAAGAGAACCCACAAAAAGGUGUCCAUCUGCCCUUAUGAAGUCAGUGGAGUCCCCAAGUCUUCCAGCAUUCAGGCUGGUGACAGACCUGAUAACCAGUGGCUGCAUUUCGAUAGUGAAAGUUUACCAAAGACUAAACAAGCUUGGGCGUCAUGUUGUUUUGUGGAGAAAACACACUGGGGAUACUAUACCUGGCCUCAAAAUAUGGUAGUUUAUGCUUCUGCUGAGCAACAACCAAAGCUUGGGAGGAGGAGAGAGGAGUUGUUAGAGGCAGAACAAAUCAUAUAUGAUCACUUUUCCGAUCCAAAAUUUGUUGAGCAGUUAAUAAAGUUUCUAUCUCUAGAAGACAGAAAAGGAAAAGACAAAUUUAAUCCUCGCAGAUUUUGCCUCUUCAAGGGCAUAUUCAGAAACUUUGAUGAUGCCUUCUUGCCAGUUCUAAAGCCCCACUUGGAACAUCUGGUAGCAGACUCUCAUGAAAGUACCCAACGAUGUGUAGCUGAGAUUAUAGCUGGUCUGAUAAGAGGCUCUAAACACUGGACAUUUGAAAAGGUAGAGAAACUUUGGAAGCUUUUGUGCCCACUACUUCGAACAGCUUUAUCCAAUAUUACCGUGGAAACAUAUAAUGAUUGGGGAACAUGUAUAGCAACUUCCUGUGAGAGCAGAGAUCCUCGGAAACUGCACUGGUUAUUUGAGCUGUUGUUGGAGUCUCCUUUGAGUGGUGAAGGAGGUUCAUUUGUAGAUGCAUGCCGACUCUACGUGUUGCAAGGUGGCCUUGCACAGCAAGAAUGGAGAGUACCAGAGCUGUUGCACAAGUUACUAAAGUACUUGGAACCUAAACUCACCCAGGUUUACAAAAAUGUCAGAGAAAGAAUAGGAAGUGUUUUGACCUACAUAUUCAUGAUAGAUGUUUCCUUGCCAAAUACUGCUCCAACAAAGUCUCCUCAUGUCCAUGAGUUCACUACACGAAUACUUGAAAAACUCAAACCUCUUAUGGAAGUGGAUGAAGAAAUUCAGAACCAUGUUAUGGAAGAGAAUGGAGUUGGUGAACAAGAUGAGCGAACUCAGGGCAUUAAACUCUUGAAAACCAUCCUGAAGUGGUUGAUGGCAAGUGCAGGUCGGUCCUUCUCCACAGCUGUCACAGAACAACUCCAACUCUUACCUUUGUUUUUCAAGAUUGCACCAGUAGAAAAUGACAAUAGCUAUGAUGAACUCAAAAGAGAUGCUAAGAUGUGUUUAUCACUAAUGUCUCAGGGAUUGCUAUAUCCUCAACAAGUGCCUUUGGUACUCCAGGUGCUAAAACAAACAGCAAGAAGCAGUUCUUGGCAUGCUAAGUACACAAUACUGACCUACCUCCAAACUAUGGUAUUUUAUAACCUCUUUAUCUUCCUCAACAAUGAAGAAGCAGUCAAUGACAUAAGAUGGUUGGUUAUAAAACUUUUAGAAGAUGAACAGCUUGAGGUGAGAGAAAUGGCUGCUACCACACUGAGUGGUCUGCUACAGUGCAACUUCCUCACUAUGGAUAGCCCUGUGCAGACUCACUUUGAACAGCUCUGCAAGACAAGACUACCAAAAAAGAGAAAGCGAGACCUUGGCACAGUGGUGGAUACCAUUCCUUCUGCAGACUUGGUUAAGCGCCAUGCUGGUGUGCUUGGACUUAGUGCAUGUAUUUUGUCAAGCCCUUAUGAUGUACCAACUUGGAUGCCCCAGCUUCUGAUGGACCUCAGUGCCCACCUUAAUGAUCCUCAGCCUAUUGAGAUGACAGUAAAGAAAACACUGUCCAAUUUCCGGAGGACACACCAUGACAACUGGCAGGAGCACAAACAGCAGUUCACUGAUGACCAGCUGCUUGUCCUUACAGACCUCUUAGUAUCACCAUGCUAUUAUGCCUAAAUAGGUUCUUCUUGGAAAAAAUGAGGACCUAGAAACAUUUCUGCAAAAAUAAAGGAAACUCAAAACUAAUUUAUUGUGUAUGGAACUUUUAGUCUUGGAAAUCGUGAUGCCUAAUCAAAACCAUUUUUUAAAUACAAAUAUUAGGUCCUAACAGAGCUCUAUUCAUCACGAAUUACAACUCCACAGGGAGUAGCUAUGGGAGCCCUGCGUUCUUCCAUUACUGCAUCUGCGGAGCCAGAUCAUUACUUGUUUCAAAGCAUAAUGUCAUGGGCCUGCAUUAUACAACCUUACCACCUUCACUCUCUACUCACUGGCUUACACCACCCAUCUCUUCCCAUCUCCUCCUUUUUCUUUCUUAUUCCAUGUGCCCAGUCAUUUUUUACAUCAGUGGAUUUGCAGCGCACACACGACUGCAAGUCUGAACAUUCUAAGGGAAGUGCUCCAGUUUUGGUUGACAUUUUUUAUCUGAUCAACCUGCAGGAGCUGGUACCUAUGAACCUCAAACCCACCUACUCCCAUGACAAGAGGCCAGGAACCUAUUUUUCCUCAAAGGAUUUUUUUUCACUGCUUGCAUUCAAGUACCCGUUAGGUGACAAACUCUGUACCAUUUAAUCCAGCUGAGAGUUUAAAAGACUACCCUUUUAAAUCUUACCUUCUAUGGAAAUGUAAAUAUCCAUUCUGUCCUCUGCAGCUGAGAUCAGUACUAUGGAAAGUGGGGCAAUUUCCAUGGUCUGGCCAAGUUUUAGCAGGUAAUCUGACCAGGUGCACAACUUAAACCCAUGACCAUCUGCAGCUUCCUAAGGGUGGAAGGCUGUGGAUCUUUUCAGAUGAAUAGAGCCCAUAGAUAUUAAUUUUUUGCUAUCAAGCAAUGUUUUAAUUCAGAGACUGAAGAGUAUGUACAGUGUGUAAAAGCACUGAACUUUUUUAACAGCAUUUUCUUAUUUAAAAAGACUAUUAGUCGCUAUUUGGAGAAGCAUACCUUGCUUAAAUGGAAGACUGCUAAGAUUGUGAAAGUUCUGUUUUUGGUUUUGGUUUUUUGCCUGCAACUUUGUUCAGAGACUGAUAUCUAUUGGCUAUUUAACGACAUGUUUAAUAUGUGUUACAUAGAUGUAAAAGACUGUAUAAAUUGUAGAGGCAUUGCUUUGGGAAGACAUUGUACAGUUUGCAACCUUUUACAUAACAUCAUUGUGAGAUUAAUUUGUAAAAAUUCACUCUUCAAUGUUAAUACUGUAGUGCUUCUGGCUUUUGUAUCAAAUCAAAUGCCAUUAGUGUUUUUUAAAUUAUUUUCUUUAGCAAAAUAUCGUUCCUUGUUUAAAAGGCAGAAAUUUUAUUUUGUUUUAGUUUUCAUUUAUCUCAUGACUACAUCUGAUGAAGAUUUUAAUGCAACAUUUGUGGCCAUCUCUAAAUGCUAACAUCACAUGUUUUGAUGUGAUAAGAUUACAGAAUGCAAGGUACCUCCUACAAUGAAAUAGUUCACAAGUUGCUGUGUUUCAUCUUUCACACAACCUGUACAGUCUUCCUUACAGGAACACUACAAUACAUUUUGAAAUAUCUACCUGCUGAUUGAGUGACUCAAUACAAUUUUAAAGCACAGCAGUGUUCCUAGUACAGUAUUUACUAAGUGUCAGCACACAGAUGUAACCACUGUAUAGCGUAGUGCCAAAAUUAUUUCAAUUGUGUACCUAGUUUAAAACCCAAUAAAUGGAUUGUUUGUAACAUC